ACACUCUUAAGUCUUAACCGCUUCCUUCCUUCUUUCCUUCAAACGCGCUCCAAAUAUUAUAAUAUUUGUUGUUAUUUAUUUUUUCACUUUCCUUCUCUCUCUGAACAAACCGUUGUAGCGAUUCCUUUCUCUGCGAAACACAAGAGGACGAAGGGAAGAUUUCUGGAAAAAAUGCGUUUCACGAAUCUCGAUGACACUCCAAUGUUCCGCCAACAGCUCCUGUGUUUGGAGGAAAAUACUGAAUCCUUGCGCGCGAGAUGCUGCAAGUUCUACAAAGGAUGUCGAAAGUAUAUGGAAGGUCUUCGAGAGUCAUAUAAUGGGGACAUUGCAUUUGCAAGUGCCAUAGAAAAUUUUGGAGGAGGGCACAAUGAUCCUCAUUUUGUUUCUUUGGGAGGACCUGUUAUGGCCAAAUUUACUAUAGCGUUGAGAGAAAUCAGUACUUACAAGGAACGGCUCCGGUUUCAAGUAGAGCACAUUUUCAAUGACCAGUUACUACCCAUUGUCGAUGUUGACAUCCAUGAAGUCAAGGAAGCUCGUAAGCGUUUUGAUAAAGCUUCCCUUGUAUAUGACCAGGCACGUGAAAAGUUUAUGUCACUGAAAAAAAGCACUAAGAUUGACAUUGCCACUGUCAUAGAAGAGGAGUUGCAGGAUGCAAGAGCAUCAUUUGAGGAAGCCCGUUUCAAUCUGGUUGGCACUCUUAAUAACAUUGAGUUCAAGAAGAGAUUUGAGGUUUUAAAGGCUGUAACUGGAAUUAUGGAUGCUCAUCUUCGAUACUUUCAACAGGGGUAUCAGCUAUUACAUCAGUUGGAACCUUUAAUUAGUGAGAUUAUGGAUUAUGUAAAACAGUCAAAAGAAAGUUACAAUCAGGAGCAGAUUUCACUUUAUGAAAGAAUGCAAGACUACAAAAAACAAGUUUAUGAAGAAAGUAGGUUGUCCUUGAAUGGUCCUUAUGGUUCUCCUAGUAGAGACUCUGCACCUCCGUUUUCUAGGAUAUCAAAUGAAGUGGCAGAUGUAGUGAUGGAAUCCGCUGCAAAUGGAAAGGUUCAAAUCAUUCGACAAGGAUAUCUUUCUAAACGAUCCUCCAAUUUGAGAGGUGACUGGAAAAGAAGGUAUUUUGUUGUUGACAGUCGAGGAAUGUUGUACUACUAUCGCAAUCCAUAUGGCAGCAAUCAACCAUCUCCAAAGAGGAAUAGUGGCACUGAAAAUGGUUCUGGGCUUCUGAGUCGAUGGCUUUCUUCUCAUUACCAUGGGGGUGUCCAUGAUGAAAGAUCUGUAGCACGUCAUACAGUAAGCCUGCUGACAUCAACAAUCAAGGUUGAUGCUGACCAGUCGGAUUUAAGAUUCUGCUUCAGGAUUAUUUCGCCAUCGAAGAACUAUACGUUGCAGGCAGAAAAUGCAGUGGAUCAGAUGGAUUGGAUGGAAAAGAUAAAUGGAGUAAUUGCCUCCUUAUUGAGUGUCCAGACACUGGGAAUGCCUCUCUCAGCUGACUCAGAAAACGGCGACUCUUACUCUGAUGACAAUAUUGAUAAGUUAGAAAGCUCUCCAGAUGAUGAUCACACUGUGACUGUGAAGUCUGCAUCCAAGAAUCCCACCCCUAAAAACCAGUUUCGUUCAUCUAGAAGUUUGCAGUUGCAUAAACACAGUAUGAGAAUUGAAAAACCAAUUGAUGUUCUUAGGAGGGUGAGUGGGAAUGACAAAUGUGCUGAUUGUGGUAAACCUGAACCAGAAUGGGCAUCCUUAAACCUUGGCAUCCUUAUAUGCAUUGAGUGUUCUGGUGUUCAUCGUAAUCUUGGUGUACAUAUAUCAAAAGUAAGAUCACUGACACUUGAUGUUAAAGUGUGGGAUCCCUCUGUUUUAAGUAUGCUUAAGUCACUGGGCAAUCUUUUUGCAAACUCAGUUUGGGAGGAGCUGCUGUAUCCACCGAGUAAUUUGCAAACUGUUGACACCCCUGCGAGUUCAUCCAAGGAAAAUGGAGAGGAGUUCUUUCAUGCAAGAAAACCAAAACAUGACGAUUCUAUUUCAUUAAAGGAAAGGUUCAUUCAUGCAAAGUAUUCUGAGAAAAUAUUUAUUCCCCGGACAAAGAAAUAUCACCCUCUCUUUUCACCCGCACAACUGGUGCUGGAAAGCAUCUAUGCCAAUGAUAAGAAAGCAGUCUACCAGCAUAUUAUCAAGUCAGAUUUUGACAUCAAUGCCAUCGGUUGGCAAGCAUCGUCUGAUGACUCUUUCAACAUGGUUUCUUCAAAUAAUUUAAACAUUGCCUCUCAAAGUGAAAUUCAGCCCAUUGAGGCCAUACAAGAUGGUUCUAGCGUGCUUCACCUUGCAUGCCUAACUAGUGACAUUGGCAUGGUGGAGCUGCUCCUACAACAUGGGGCAAAUAUAAAUGCUUGUGAUUCUAGAGGUCAGACACCACUACAUUAUUGUAUUAUUAAAGGGAAGACCGCAGCUGCAAAAGUGCUUAUCAUGAGGGGAGCCAAUACAUAUGUCGCAGAUAAAGAAGGCAAAACUCCUGUUAAGCUUGCAUCAGAAUCUGGCUGUGGUGAUGAUGAAAUUCUCGCUCUCUUGACAAGCAGAUGACAUGUUUAAAAUCUUACAAUGAGCGGUCAUUAAAUUCCUUGUUGUGACUUCUCGAGAAGAUUAAGAUUGAGGACCAACUAGCCAUGCAUACGAGCACAAAGAGGCCUGGUGGUUUAGUUUUAUUGGGCCAUGUUGUAUAGUGUAAUUAUCUUCUUAAUUGAUGGAUGUGAUGGGCUGAUUGUGGGGUUUCACGUCUAUUCGAAUGUUCAACUUUGCAGCCUCCAUUCUCAUUAAAUUUUUGGGACUCAGAUCAUUGUCAUGUAUUCCAAGGACUGUAUAUAUAAGUUACUUUAAAUGAUUAUUCAACAAGGUGUAUAAGUUCAUUCAAAAAAAGAAGAAACAGAUGAAGAAGAAAAGAGGUUUAAUGUAAGGAUCUUAAUAAAGUAUGGCCCAGUUACAGCAGAGAAAUGUGAGGGACGUUCUAUAAACGUGAAUCUUAAUUAAGUUGUUGAUUAUGACAGAA